UUGUAAUUGUUUCGUAACCUGCUCUAACAAGCCCAGGCGGUGCAAGUCCUUACGAAGAUAGAGUAAGUGCCAGGGAUUCAACUUGUCUGGUAACUUUGCGCUUGUCCCUUCGUGACAUGUGGGUGCACAGUCCUAAAAUAAUUGUAGUUUACUACUACAAUAAGAUAAUUGCUCGCACUACUAACUACUAAAUAAAAUGAAAAUAUUAGUAGAGUUUACUACGUACUAGUUUACUUAGUACUUUAUGGACGAGGAAUUCUUUCUCGAGAUGAUCAAUAUGAGCGAAUUCUUUCUCUAGAUGACCAUGACCUAUCCUAACCUCUUAGGAUGAGCUCGCCUGUUUUCUAGUGCGUUCUCUAGUGCGUUCGACACAUCGUGAACUAUAGCCUUACCAAAAUACAUCUUUGGUUCCGAUGAACUAUAGACGGGUUAUAAUAUUCGUACUAGGACGAGCUUCUAUCUGUAACUGUAUUCUCGUGAGGCCGGUGCGCCUGGAAUCGGACUCCACCUGCCGCCGGUUUGCGAACUGGAUAAAACUGGGAUCA